AGUGGGAUUCUAGCUCGUUUCGGGGGCGAUCUUGUGAGGAAAAAUUUAGUCUUUCUGGUUUUUGAGAAAGAUUUUCCUGGUAGAGCCCUUGUAGUUUUGAGUUUUGAGACAAGAUGGUUGGUAGUAUUGAGGUGAAAAAUGGGAAUACUGUGUAUGCUAAUGGGGGCAUAAAUGGCCACAAUGGUUCAGAGGAGAAGCUGGAUGAACUUCGACGAAUUCUUGGCAAGGUUGAUGGUGAUUUGCUGAGGAUUGUUGGCAUUGGAGCUGGUGCUUGGGGCACUGUGUUUGCAGCUUUGCUUCAGGAUAGCUAUGGCCAGUUUCGAGAUAAGGUUCAAAUCAGGAUUUGGAGGAGGCCGGGAAGAGGUGUUGACAGGGCGACAGCAGAACACUUAUUCGAGGUGAUCAAUUCUAGGGAGGACGUGUUGAGGAGGCUGAUCAGGCGUUGUGCCUAUCUCAAGUAUGUCGAGGCAAGGUUGGGCGACCGUACCCUCUAUGCUGACGAGAUUUUGAAAGACGGCUUCUGCUUAAACAUGAUCGACACGCCCCUUUGUCCUUUGAAGGUUGUCACCAACUUGCAGGAGGCUGUUUGGGACGCUGACAUUGUGGUGAACGGGCUACCUUCAACCGAAACACGAGAUGUGUUUCGAGAGAUCAGUAAGUAUUGGAAAGAGAGAUUGACCGUCCCAAUCAUCAUCUCGUUGGCAAAGGGUAUCGAGGCUGAACUCGUACCAGCUCCCCAUAUAAUUACCCCCACGCAGAUGAUUAAUCGGGCAACUGGAGUGCCUAUAGAGAAUAUCCUAUAUCUUGGCGGUCCAAAUAUUGCCUCGGAGAUUUACAAUAAGGAAUAUGCUAACGCCCGGAUCUGUGGAUCUGAAAAAUGGAGAAAGCCACUUGCAAAGUUCUUGAGACAACCUCAUUUUAUUGUCUGGGACAAUAGUGACUUGGUGACUCACGAAGUUAUGGGAGGUCUGAAAAAUGUUUAUGCCAUUGGAGCUGGAAUGGUAGCUGCAUUGACUAAUGAGAGCGCUACUAGCAAAUCCGUAUAUUUUGCUCACUGCACAUCGGAAAUGAUAUUUAUCACCCAUCUGUUAACUGAAGAACCCGAAAAGCUUGCAGGGCCUCUGCUAGCUGACACUUACGUGACCUUACUGAAAGGUCGUAAUGCAUGGUAUGGCCAAAUGAUAGCCAAGGGAGAACUGAGCCUGGAUUUGGGUGACAGCAUUAUUGGCAAAGGGACAAUUCAGGGAGUUUCGGCUGUUGGAGCAUUUUAUGAACUUCUGAGUCAAUCGAGUUUAAGUGUAUUGCAUCCAGGAGAGCACAAACCAGUUGCUCCAGUUGAGCUCUGCCCGAUUUUGAAGACAUUAUAUAAAGUGCUUAUAACACGGGAACAAGGGGUGCAGGCUAUUCUCCAAGCACUGAGGGAUGAAAACUUGAACGAUCCCCGUGAUCGAAUAGAGAUUGCACAAAGCCAUGCAUUUUACAGGCCUUCGCUCCUGGGACAGCCUUGAGGUACCGGAUUUAGAACAACAAAUGUACAGAUUGUCUUCCAUGGAUGGAUGGCUGCAUUCUGAACAACAAUCUAAAUCUUGUAUACUGAAUUUAUUUAUUAUAACCACAGUUCAGUCACGUCUUACUCGAUCUUGUGUGUGUCUCUGUUUCGAUAUGUGAUACCAUAUAUACUAUGUUUAAGCAGGCAGAUCCCUGGUUGUUAAAAUAAUGUGCAUUUUUUAUUCAAUAUAAGAAGUUUGU